AUGUAUUCAGAAUUGGGAAUGUUAAGAUUUGUGGAAUUUGCAAGUCCAGAUAUUAUAUUACAGAGAAUGUGUGAAAUGCAUGGCGGAAACCUUGUCCAUAUAGAGACGGCUGAAGAAGACAAUUUCAUAACCCAACAAAUGCGCACGUACGCUCUAGGCGACAUUUGGAUGGGUGGUUCUGACUGGACGAAGGAAGGAACAUGGGUUUGGGAACCAGAGGGAAGGAUUUUCCAGUACUCUAACUUUGCACAUGGUAAACCAAACAACGCCCAUGGUCAAAACUGUCUGUCCAAGGCGCAAGCUCAUCAUUAUCAAUGGGACGAUUACGAUUGCGAUGAACAUAUAAAAUAUAUAUGUGAGAAAGCAAACACAAACAUACAGUAUCCAGUAGGAUGAGGAAUAAUGAGCUUUGUACUGAGUACCUUUCAUUUUCGGAUAACUUUGUCCACUGACUGUUACAUUGUAAGAUAA